UUUUUUGUUGUUCUUGUGUAGUCUGGAUACGUGAAUCCCAUGUGUUCAUUCUGGGAUGAGGAGGAGGAAGAUUGGUCCCAAGAUGGGUGUGUUCUUGUUUCUGGUAUCACAUCAUCUGAUGAGCGCCAUGAGGAGAGCGUGCGCUGUUCGUGUGAUCAUCUUACCAGCUUUGCUGUUAUAAUGGAUAUCCAUAGACAGGAGGAUUCAUUUAUCAAGGCAUACAACAUCCUGACUUACAUUGGAUGCUGUAUUUCUAUCUUCAGUCUUCUUGUCACAUUGGCAACUUACCUGUGGAACAAGGAUUUGGAUUUGAGGACCAAACAGACUAGCCAGAUCUUCAUCUGUCUGUGCCUGACCUUGCUGUGUCUCUACACAACAUUUGUCGUCAUGAUCUCUCUGGAUUCUAUCAGAGAUUAUCGUGAGGUCCGAGCUGGACCCUGUGGGUUACUGACGGCUCUAGUUCACUAUUUCGUUUUGUCUUCCAUUGCCUGGAUGGGUGUGGAAGGGUUCAAUACCUACCUCAUGAUUGUGAAGAUCUUUAACACCUACAUCCAGAAUUUCAUGAUCAAGGCUUUCUUCGCUGCGUGGGGAAUUCCUGCACUUAUCGUGGUUCUUACUGGAGCUAUUGCCAGAGACUCUUACGCCCAUGAUGAUCUAUGCUUUCUACAAUCAUGGGCUCAAGUCGGUGGUCUCCUGGUUCCCAUGGCCAUCAUCCUCCUCAUCAACAUUGUCAUCUUCAUCCUGGUGGUUCGACAACUGAUCCGAUCUGCCAACAUCGCUGGUCGGGUGAAAGGAGAGGCUAAGGUAGAACGCCAAGAGGCUAUCGAACGCGUCCAGAAUGCAAUCUGCAUCUUGCUCCUGCUCGGUCUGACCUGGGUCACCGGAUAUCUGCUUUUGAUCCCGUUAUUCAGUCAGGUGGCUCAGCCAAUCUUCGUCGUCCUGAACUCCUUCCAAGGAUUUUUCAUCUUUCUACUCUACUGCGUCCGGAAGCCUCACAUCCGUAAGAAAUGGGGGCUAACUUGUUAAUGAUGAUCAGGUUGAUUACACCAACAAUGAUGUUGCCGCCAGUCUCCCUAAGGAUGCAGAGGAUGACACCAAACACAAUGAGAGGAAUGAUGUAGAUGCUAGUUGCACCACCAAUUUUUCAAAGGCCAAUGGCACAGUUGAGGUUUUAACUAUAGCUAAGCACUCAUUCUUACUUGUUUUUUUUUUAAAUGUAAACGAGUUUUUAUUCACUUAUUUUUAAGCAAGAAGAAGAUCUUAUUAAGAGAACCUGAUGUUACAUUGGCACACUAGGCAGGGGAGGAGUGGCCUUGGUGUAGGUUGAACCCCCCAUCCCUGUUCUCCGAGUAUUUCGCAAUUACCAAUA